CGACGAGAACCUCUAACUUAGUAUACUCGUGCAUCUGAGCCGGGGCGCAAUGUCGCAAAUGCUACAGCUGGAUGCGCUGGUCACAAUGCUGGCCUGCCUAACAACAACCCAUAAUAAUGUGACCGAUCAGGCGUUGCCUCCAGACGAUGCGGCAUCAAGCAACUGUCCUCUAGCUACGAUUAGCAAUCUGAACACAAAAAUCCAUUCGCUUUCCGAGGACUUAGCCAGAGCCAGGGAGAAAAUGGGCAUCCUGCAAGAGGAGCUGGUGGAUCUGCGACGCUGGGGUAGCCCCAACAGUGCUGCGUCUGCAGCACCGCUGGACAAGACCUUUAGCACACGCAUUCUUGAUGUACAGCCACAAACGCAGGUGGAUCCAUCGGAUACGCCCCAGAACUGCCUGAAGCAGAAGCACGGCGUCGUUCGGAUUCGAUUGCAGGCCAAUGUGGAACCGUUCUUUGUGUACUGCGAUCAGAAGACUCGGGGUGGCGGCUGGAUUGUGGUGGCCAACCGUUUCGAUGGCACCCAGAACUUCACGCGCAAUUGGGGCGACUAUAAGAUCGGCUUCGGGUCUAUCGCGACCGAAUUUUUCAUUGGCCUCGAGAAGCUGCAUCAAAUCACCAACAGCGAAGACAAUGAGCUGCUCGUUAUACUCGAGAACCGAAAGCAGGACCUGCGCUAUGCACUGUACGAUCUUUUCAGCAUUGGAAGCGAGUCGGAGCAGUACAUCCUGAAAGUGCUGGGUAAAUAUCAGGGAGACGCCUCCGAUGCGCUGCGCCAGCACUUGGGCAAGAAGUUCAGCACCCAGGACAGAGACAAUGAUGAGAGCAACGCCAACUGCGCAGCUGAGCAGUCGGCUGCCUUCUGGUACAGCAACGUCUGCACUCUGAGCAAUCCGUUCGGCGUCUAUCAGCCCCAGCUAAAUCGGGAUGUAGAUGGCUAUCAGGGCAUUUUGUGGCACGGCUUCCUGGAUGGUCCCAAGGGCUCGCUGAAAAAAUUACGCAUACUUGUGCGCCCACGCUCCAGCACUGGCUGAAAGAUAUCCACUAUGGUCAUACAACAUAUAAAUAAACACAACCAAUCCUUUAUUUUUGGCAGUACACGAAUCCCAAA